AAGCGGCGCGGCUAAUUCAAGAUGGCGGAGAUGGACCAGCUGUUAGACGAGAGCUCCUCGGCAGAGGCACUUGUCAGUCUGAAAGAGGGGAGUUUGUCCAACACUCUUAAUGAAAAGAAUAACUUCCCAAGAGCUCACAACACCAGAGGACGUCAUUCCUCCCUCACAAUGGAUACACCCACUCGGAGCUCCAAGAGGAGUCGUUUGUUUCGGGAUGAGGAUGAGCAGCCCCAGCAGCGUCUCCCCUCUAGGUCCCCUCGGAGGAGCCAGAGGGUCACCACCACACCACAGAAAUUUUCUAAUGUGGUGACACCAGACAAGAAGGCAUCUCAGAAAAUAGGGCUGAGAUUAAGAAACCUCCUUAAACUUCCCAAAGCUCACAAAUGGUGCAUUUAUGAAUGGUUCUAUUCCAAUAUUGACAGACCUCUCUUUGAAGGUGAUAAUGAGUUCUGCCUAUGUCUCAAGGAGUCUUUUCCCAACUUGAAAACAAGAAAGUUGACUCGGGUAGAGUGGGGAACAAUCAGGAGACUGAUGGGGAAACCUCGGCGGUGCUCGUCGGCAUUCUUUGACGAAGAGCGGACAGCACUGAGACAGAAACGGCAGAAGAUGCGUCUGCUGCAGCAAAGAAAACUAUCUGAUGUGUCAAACUGCAAAGACCUGCCAGAUGAAAUCCCUCUGCCUCUCAUCAUAGGAACCAAAGUCACUGCUCGACUCCGAGGUGUCCAUGAUGGCUUGUUCACAGGGCAGAUCGAUGCAGUGGACACCAGUGCUGCCACAUAUCGUGUCACAUUUGACCGCAGUGGCCUGGGAACACACACUGUGCCUGACUAUGAAGUCCUGAGCAAUGAGCCCAAUGAGACCAUGCCCAUCACUGCCUUUGCCCAGAAGCAUCGGACAUCCCGCUACAUGCAGAACCUCACAACUCCGCCCAGAGGGCCCUACCCGUCCGCUACCACUCCUGUCCUCAUGGAUAAUGACCCUUUCAUAAACCAGUCACCAUGGAGGAACAAGCUACCUGGAGCUGAGGGGGAUACUCUGGGAGGAUUUCCAGUCAAAUUCCUUGUCCAAGUGACGAGGCUGUCCAAGAUCCUCAUGAUCAAGAAAGAACACAUCAAGCACUUGAAAGAAAUGAACACAGAGGCGGAGAAACUGAAGUCAUACUCAAUGCCUAUCGACCUAGACUUCCAGAAGCGAUAUGCUACCACAGUGCUUGAGCUCGAACAGCUCAACAAAGACCUCAACAAGGUGCUGCAUGAAGUUCAGCAAUUUUGCUGUGAGCUCGCUCCUGAUCAGGGCAUGGUUCCAGCUGAUCAUCCCACAGAGCUGCGUCGGCGCUGUGAAGACGAGGCCCAGCAGAUGGUGCAGCUGAGCAGCUCGCUGAAGGACGGCCAGCAAACUGUGACAAACCCCAGUCUGACACACCUCAUCUCCCGCCUCACUGCUCUGCUGUUACAGAUCAAGUGUUUGGCAGAUGGAGGAGACCUGAAUUCAUUUGAGUUUAAAUCUCUGACAGACUCUCUCAAUGACAUCAAGGCAUCAAUUGAUCCCUCCAACCUCAGUUGCUUCCAGAAUAAUGUGGAGAUCCAUGUGGCACACAUCCAGAGCGGCCUUAGUCAGCUGGGCAACCUGCAUGCAUUUGCUGCAAACAACACCAAUGCAGUCUGAGCAUCUGCACCCACACAUCACACACAGGUGCAUGCACACAGAUGUGUGUGGUCUAUUUGUAAUGGUGCUUUCACCUGAACUGUUCUUGGAUGUUGUGGACCACCAUAGGCCAGACUCCUUUAGAUUUGUGCUAACAGGAGGGAGGGAGGACGUCAGAAGUCUUUUACCCACAUUUUAUUGUCUGAAAAUGUUGGUGCACACAAUCAAACCCACACCUAAAAGAGUCUUAAACUAUUGCCACAAAUCAACAUCUCUAAACUCUCCUGGUUAUUUAUUGGUUUAAUGUGCCAAACAUUGAUUCUUAAAGUUUUUAUAGUCCAUAUUUAUUUAUUUUUGAGUAGGUGUGUAUGGUUCUGAAACAAUAUUUUCCUACCUGUAAAAUUUCCCCCUGUUAAGUGUUGUGUUCUCUUGCUCCACUGACGGUAAGCACAGGGAGGCUAAAGAAUGUUUUAUAAAAAUUGUUUAUUGUAGAUAAAUGUACAAUAUCUGAUUAUUAGAACUAUCGUUGACGUUUCUGCUGUGUAUUCAGAAAUGGCUUUUGUAAUUUUGUGUGCACUGAAAAGAGAUUUUGGUAUUUUUAUAAAGGAGAACUCUAUGGUUUGGAUGCCUUUUACUCACUAAGAUUAUCUUAGCUUUUCCAUAUUUGGCAUGGCUAUUGCUGCAAUCCCCACACUAAGCCUGCAUCACUUAAGUAACCUCUGAAAAUUCAACCCUACAGUUUUUUUUCCUGAAGAGAAUCUCCUUUUUCAGUUUUGUAAAGUUGUAUAUGAGAGUGCCUCUGGGCAGUUGUAUAUAAAUGUUUCUGUCUUUUUAUAUUAAACAUAA